CUGUGCAUGUUAACGAUGCAACUACCAUGAAGACGAUACUUAUUAGAUGUUGGUCCAGCUUGUCGACACAUUAAGAAGACCUUCACGGGAUAUUGCACCGUACAGCAUGCUUCUUCUGUUAUCGAUCUGUUGCUGGAUUGUAAUGUCGGAUGGCGCGCCAUCAAGUCUUGCUGGCUCCGACCUGCAACAGAAGGUAGCGACUCUAGAAACAAGCAAUGAGUACGGCAUUGGCUUCGACUUCACACCCUCCUAUGCUGCCGUGGCCGUGUCUUUCGUAAAUGGCUCGAACGUCCCAUUAGCGAAGAUAGAAGGAAACAGGCAAUGGCGCGUGAUGAUGUCGAAAGUCUCUCUCACCGACGACUAUCCGUACCAUUGGUGGGACAAACAGUGGACAGUCAGUGUCCUCGCACCCAUGAUCGAAGCACUCGUAUCCGUCGGGGAGGCCCAGUUAGGAGGGCCGAUAGUCGCAGCUUCAGCCACGAUGGCGCAGCGGAAUGCGAUUUCUCGUUGGGGCCAUCCAGCGACGGACUUAGUAAUGGCAGCCUUCUCAAAGGCAAAGAUCCGAUACCUACCAAUCGUCAUAUCGUCUUACCUCGGCGAGCCGUUACUGUAUCCAGAGAACUCAAUCCAAGCUGGCCACGGUCUGGGCCUGUGUCGGCCGUAUAACAGCUCGCAAACAUGCCUGCACGAUGGUACCCAACCCCAACUGGCUUAUGAGACCUACUACCUCGUGGGCUAUUAUGCGAAUGCCCUAGAGGUCACGUCGACUACGCCUUCGUUGUCGGCUUAUGGCACGUCUCCAGCGCCGAAGGUCGAUUAUCAACUUGGAGCAGAGAUGAGGUACGAGAAGCUAGACGAGGCUUACUAUUGGGAGGAGGUUCGGAAGUUUCUCAGCAUGCCGUUCGUGAAUAUUCCGCGGCGUAAGCCAACGAAAGUGAUCUUGUAUGGUGAGCAUGGCUCUGAUAUGCGCCUGCGGGAGACUGUGAAGGAUGUGUUGAAAGCCUUCAUGCAUGAGGAUGCUGAGAUGGUACAGUGGGUUGAUGAUGGCCUGGGUCCGACGUACGUUGGCGCCAUGGGCGCUGCCGAGUUUGCUAAGCGAAAGCCGUAUUGGACUCGUAAAGAUCUCAAUGAGGAAGCAACACACGAAGUCCUCAGCGAGUAGGCAGAGGCUUAGUCUCAGGCAUAUCUCGUCCAAGCAUCCUGGCUAAUGGUAUUCGCGACGCGGUCAUACGGGUGUAAUGCUAUACAAGCGUGACUCUCAGAGCUGCUGCAAGUGGUCAUAGACCGUUGAGUUGUAGAGCGCCUCACACGCAAGGGCACAUACCAGGCCGUUCUUCCAGCGCUCGAUUUUGCAAGCGACCACCCGGUACUUAGCUUGCACUUCGACCCAGUAUACGUGAAAACACAUGUAUUGUUCUGCUGGAAGAAUG